AUGGCUCUUUCAUUAGCUUGGCAAGCCUUAUUAAGUAAUGAUUACUUAAGGAUGGUUGGUGUAGGAGGAUGCACGAGGACAUGUAAAGAUCAUAAUAAAAAUGGUACAUCAGACACAAUAAAAUUUGUUUUGAUAGAAGAAAUACCAGAAGACUCAUCAGUUAUAAUUGUAGAUCCAGAAAAAAUAGCCCAAGUGUCAUCAUCAGUUUUCACAUUUCCGACUUCAACUUCCAAUAUAGAAAAUAAAUUACCUUCCAGUAUCUCAAUUACUCCAGCAAUUACUGCAACCAGUAAUAAAUCAACCUCCAUAACAAGUGUAUCAUCUACAUCAACUUUUAAAUUUUCAUUGGAUGAUGAUGAACAGACUCAAAAACCUACUUCAACAGCUAAAACAUUAUCUACUGGUUUCAAAUUACCAUUUAACACACCAACAACUGCUACUUCACUAUUUGGCUCAAAAGUUGUUACUGUUUCUGCAGCUAUCACAACUCAGAGUGAUUCUGAACAAACUCAAACACCAAUAUUUAAUUCAUCCCCUAAAGUAACAUCAACUUCUGAAACCAUAAUAACUAGUGCAAGUCAAAGUCCAUUUUCAUUAACAACAAUUGCUGCUUCUACUGUUGCUACUACUACUACUUCUACUACCACCAUUACUGCAAGCAUGACUACUACUAACACAACUACUACUACUGCUGCUUCUCCUCCUGCUGAACAGAAAAGUACAAGUGACACAUCUACAUUUGGCAAAGAAAUACCAGUUAAUGUGUUUGGUCAACAAGCACAGACAGUCGAUACAUUUAACAAACAAGCUUCCCCUAUAUUUGGACAAACAGUUUUUAAUAAUAAUGGCUUUGGUAUAUCUUCAACUACUAAUUCAAGUUUUGGUCAAUCUCAAGUAUUCAGUCAGUCUCCAGUAUUUGGUUUAUCAUCACCUACGACAUCAAAUGAAGGAUCUGUCUUUGGUAAUACCACAACUACUGGAUCUUCUGUAUUUUCUUUUGGGCAAACAACAAGCUCACCCUUUGGACAACAAAAUGACGGAAACUUACUUGGACAGUCUUCUUUUUUCUACGGAUUCGGUAAUAAACCAAUCCCAGUAAAUGCAUCAAAAAAUGUAUUUGGUGGUAACGUUUCAUCAAUGGAAAAUGAUGGACAAAAGACUAAUCUAUUUGGCAAUCAAGGAGCUUCAAGUUUUGGGACAAAAUUUGGUUCUUCCACUGGAGGAAGUUUUACUUCAAAUACUGGAAGUGUAGCUCAGUCUGGUUUUGGGGCUUUUCAGCAAACUCAAUCAAAACAAGGUUUGAUACUUUCUAAAAUAUAAUAAUUAUUUAUUUAA